CCUAAAUCGAAUUCUCGCAGACUCGCGUUUUGCAUGAGAUUUGGCCACGUACGUUUUGCCGUGAUUCCUGAAACCAUAACAGUGUUUUUUUCUGCAUAUAUUUAGCUUUAGAUCAACGUCAACAGGAUCAAAAUGUCUACAUUGGCAGAGCAGCCAUGUUACACUUUGAUCAAUCUGCCCUCCGAUGCAGAGCCGCCAACAGAGAUUCAGCUACGCACUGACCUGGAAAAGGGCGACACAAAAACAAAAACAGAUGCUCUGAAGAAGACAAUACAGAUGAUUCUGAAUGGAGAGAAAAUGCCCUCCCUGCUCAUGACCAUCAUACGCUUUGUGAUGCCCUCCCAAGAUCACAUGAUCAAGAAACUGCUGCUGAUUUUCUGGGAGAUUGUGCCCAAGUACACACCAGAUGGGAAGAUGUUGCACGAGAUGAUUCUUGUGUGUGAUGCUUACAGAAAGGAUCUGCAGCAUCCCAAUGAGUUCAUUCAGGGGUCAACGCUGCGUUUUCUGUGUAAGUUGAAGGAGCCCGAACUGCUGGAGCCACUCAUGCCCUCCAUCAGGCAGUGCCUCAAACACAGACACUCCUAUGUGCGCCGCAAUGCAGUGCUCGCCAUCUACACUAUAUACAGGAACUUUGACUUCCUGAUCCAGGACGCUCCAGAGUUGAUAGCAGAGUACCUGGAGGGGGAGCAGGACAUGUCCUGUAAGAGGAAUGCCUUCAUGAUGCUCAUACAUGCUGACCAGGAGCGGGCUCUCAGCUACCUAUCUAGCUGUAUAGAGCAGGUGACCUCGUUUGGGGACAUCCUACAGCUGGUCAUUGUUGAGCUCAUUUACAAGGUGUGUCAUGCCAACCCCUCUGAGCGUGCGCGGUUCAUCCGCUGUAUCUACAACCUGCUCAACUCCUCCAGCCCAGCUGUGAGGUACGAGGCGGCUGGUACCCUUGUGACCCUGUCGAGUGCUCCCACUGCUAUCAAGGCUGCAGCCAGUUGUUACAUAGAGUUGAUCGUGAAGGAGAGUGACAACAAUGUGAAGCUGAUAGUCCUGGACAGGCUGGUGGCUCUCAAAGACGUGCAGGCCCAUGAGAAAGUGCUGCAGGAGCUGGUGAUGGACAUUCUGCGGGUGUUGAGUGCCCCAGACCAGGAAGUGAGGAAGAAGACUCUGAACCUGGCCCUCGACCUUGUGACCUCGAGAUCUGUGGAGGAGAUGGUGCUGGUGUUGAAGAAGGAGGUAGUGAAGACCAACAACAUAGAGCAUGAGGACACGGGCAAGUACCGACAGCUGCUGGUCCGCACCCUGCACCAGCUCUCCAUCAAGUUCCCAGACAUUGCCACCACCAUCAUACCUGUGCUUAUAGAGUUCCUGGGAGACACCAAUGAGGCAGCGGCUGCUGAUGUACUGGUGUUUAUCCGAGAGGCGAUCCAUCGCUUUGAGUCUCUCCGACCUCUCAUCAUCUCCCGGCUGCUUGAUGUCUUCUCUACCAUCAAGGCUGUCAAGAUACAGAGAGCAGCCCUGUGGAUCCUUGGGGAGUACUGCUCCUCCUCUGAGGACAUCCAGAGUGUGAUGACCCUCGUACGGCAGUCACUUGGAGAGCUGCCAAUUGUGGAUGAUGAACUGAAGAAGGCAGCAGGGGAGGUCAAGGAGGAUGACAUGAUGUCGGGUGGAGGCAACAUACAGCGUCUGGUCACUGCUGAUGGGACAUACGCCACUCAGAGUGCCUUUGAUAAGACAUCCAAUGUGAAGAAAGCAGAGAACCCGCCGAUGCGUCAGUUCCUGAUGGACGGAGACUUCUUUGUGGGCGCUGCCCUGGCCACGUGUCUCACCAAGCUGGCCCUUCGGUACAUGGCUCUCACCCACGACCACAAGAAACAGAAUGCAUUCCUGGCUGAGGCCAUGUUCAUUAUGGCAUCUGUCCUACACCUCGGCAAGUCUGGAAUCCCAACCAAGCCAAUUACAGAUGAUGAUGUGGAUCGUAUUGCCACGUGCCUGCGCGUGCUGGCCGACCAGAGUCCCCUGAUGUUGGACAUCUUCAACACGGCCUCACGUAACUCUGUCUCCCUCAUGCUAGCUGCCAAGAUGGCUGAGGAAAAGGAGCAACAGCAGGCCCUACAGAAGAAGGUGGUCAAGGUGCAGGCUGAUGACCCAAUCUCCUUCGCUCAGCUGGUCAACAAGAAUGAGCUGGGAGCCACGGAGAACAUGUUUGAGCUGACCCUGUCCCAGGCCCUGGGCAUGACCAACAAGAAAGAAAAGGACCCUCUGGGGGCAUCCAAACUCAACAAGGUGACGCAGCUGACUGGGUUCUCAGACCCGGUCUAUGCGGAGGCCUACGUGCAUGUGAACCAGUUUGACAUCGUGCUGGACGUACUGAUUGUCAACCAGACCUCGGACACACUGCAGAACCUCACCCUAGAACUGGCGACACUCGGUGAUCUGAAGCUAGUGGAGAAGCCCCAGCCCCAGACAAUGGCCCCUCACGACUUCUGUAACAUCAAGGCCAAUGUGAAAGUCGCCUCUACGGAGAGUGGCAUCAUCUUUGGAAAUAUUGUAUAUGACGUGACCGGAGCAGCCAGCGACCGCAACGUGGUGGUACUGAACGACAUCCACAUUGACAUCAUGGACUACAUCGUACCUAACACAUGUACGGACUCAGAGUUCAGGCAGAUGUGGGCCGAGUUUGAGUGGGAGAACAAGGUGGCUGUGAACACAAACCUGUCCAGCCUCAAGGACUUCCUGGGACAUGUGAUCAAGUGUACCAAUAUGCGCUGCCUCACACCCGAGAAGGCCCUGCAAGGUGACUGUGGUUUCAUGGCUGCCAAUCUGUAUGCCAAGUCCAUCUUUGGUGAAGACGUGCUGGCCAACCUUAGCAUUGAGAAGCCCGGACAUCUGUCACCGGACGCUCCCGUACAGGGGCACAUACGCAUCCGUGCAAAGAGUCAGGGUAUGGCCCUCAGCAUGGGAGAUAAGAUCAACCAGUCACAGAAAGCCAACAGGGUUGCUGCCCCUGCCGAGUAGACCAGGCUGGGAUACAUCAGAAGUGGGGAUCAUGGUGUCAUAUACUGAACUUGCUUUAUCUAAUUAGCAAAUAUUUGAUUUAUUGCAACAUUUUGUUGUUAACAUGCUUUUGUCAGUAUUUUGCAGAAGUGACUUUCAUUUAGAUGCGUAUUGGGAUAUUUAUUUGUCUGCACUUCAGAUUUAAUUUGCAUGUAAACUUGACUGUAAUACAUCCCUGAUAUUUGGUAAAUAUAGUAAGAUCAUGAUUAUUGUGAUUAUUGUUUAUUUCCAUGUUUCCCCUUGAAAGGACUGUAUCUUUAGGCAAUUUUAAAAUAACUUGCCACAAAUAGUUACCGUGUUAUAUCAGUGUCUUGCUAAAACUUAAGUGGUCAAAUAUUGGCAUCAAUAGCUACAGCUGGCUAUGUGAUAAAUGUGGUGUAGGGGCACCAAUGUCUGUGAAACAUCUAAUUUAAGGUGUUUUCACAGUAACCAAGCUUUUACUUCAAACACACUUGUGUCAUUGUUGCGUAUUUUUUAAGUGGACAAUACAUUAGUCUAAAAUGUCAA